ACAGUACACUCUUGUGUUCAUAUAGCAAGAACCUUGAAACAUGGUGGUUGUCAAUGGCAAGAAGACUGCUGCUGAUUUUCUCUCCAAGCUGUUCAUCCUGCAGAAUAAGGCCAAAGGAGCCAGCGCCCUUCCUCCAACCAUUCCCAAAGAAGGACACGAUGGAGAUGGGGAUGACGAUGACGACGACGAUGACGGCGGCGACGUGGCACCUGCAGCGUAAUUAUAUAAUAUUCUAUGAGUAACUAGGUAGUGAUGAUCCUCGUAUAAUAUUUAAAAGUGCAGUCAUAUGUGUGUAGGCUAAUUAAUCUACUGCAUUGACUUCCUUAUGGAAUUCAUAUGUAUUAAUCAGUGCUUAGCCAAUAAAAUAUAUGCACUUAU